AUGAUUGACAACCCUUGCAUCUCUGUUCUCAUCCAGGUAUUCUUACGAAGUGGAAGAGCAGUGUUCCUGACUGGAUGGGGUGACACAGCUAGUAGAGCUCCUGCCUUGCAGCUCCAGCAACCUGGGUUCAAGCCUGACCUUCAGUGCUGCCUGUGUGGAGUUUGCACAUUAUCCCCGUGAUGGUGUGGGUUGCCUCCCGGUGCUUUGGUUUCUUCCUACAUCCCAAACUUGUGCAAGUUGUAAAUUGGCCACUGUAAAUUGCCCCAAAUAUGCAGGUGAAGGGUUGAAUCUGUGAAGAAGUUGAUGGGAAUGAGUGGAGAAUAAAAUGGAAAUAGUGUAAGAUUAGUUUUAAUGAGUACUUGAUGGUGGGUGUGAACUUGACGGGCUGAAGGGCCUGUUUCCACGUUACAACACUUAUUCCCACCAUCACAAAAGCCAGUCUUCAGUUAAUUUUAUUAACUCCCUGUGCUGUAGAUAAAUGGUUGUAACUACUGGUUAUAGCAAAGGUUUUGGAAUCCAGUAAGAUCCUAUCUGUUGUUCUGAAAACCCUGAGCUCCAGCUUCAGUCACGCAACCGCCAAACCGUUUCAGAACAGUUACAACACUGGCAUCUAUUGGACAAUAUGGGAAAUUGGUCAGAUGCGUUAUGUUCGCAAAGAACAAGACAAAUCCAGGCUGAUCAAUUACUGCCCCGCCAGUGACAGAAGCCAUUGACAGUGUUAGCAAGCAGCACUGAACACUAACCUGCUCACAGAUGCCCCGUUUGGGCUUGGCCAGGACCACUUGACUCCAGAGCUCAGCACACCCUUGGUCCAAAUGUGGAUGAGAGUUGAAGUCCAAAGGUAAGGUGCGAAUAACUGCCGUUGACAUUAAGGCAGCACAUGGCCCAGUGUGGCAUCGAGGAGUCAUGGUGUAGUUGCAAGAGUACUUCUGUGACUGGAGUGAUCGGGAGUGUCCGGGACAAAGCCUUUGCUAUAACCAGUACUCACAACCAUUUCUCUACAGCCUGCUAUCCAAUCCAUCGCUCUAAACAUUCAAUCCUUCUACCGCUGUGUACCAUUUAUAAACCGUUCAGAGUGAGUGUGUGAUUAGGAAUGAACUUGUUCAGUCUCCGCCUGUUAGUUUUUGGUCUGGCGCUUCGCCCCUUUCAACGCCAUUCUCUGGCUGCGGUCACUGUUCCUCUGCAGCCCAGCCCCAGGGCACCAGUUAUGUGGGCGGAACAGCCCGCUACCCUGCCAUCUCAGGCGACUCCGCGGCCGACGCCCGCUGAUCUUCCGAGGCAAAUGCUUAAAUCAAACCGUGUAGUUGGAGAGUAUCCAAUACAGACUGAUGUAACCUCAAGCAGCUCUCAAAAUGGAGAUCUCCUCACACCAAGCCCGUUUAUUUCAACAGUUAAAUGAACAACGCAAACAGGAAAUGUUUUGUGACUGUAGUAUCAUUGUGGAGGGAAGAGUCUUUAAGGGUCACCGUAAUGUUUUGUUUGCCAGCAGUGGCUACUUCCGUAUGCUGCUUCUGCAUAAUGCCCAGGAUCUGGGACAGCCCACUGUAGCCACGUUUGACGUCUUUUCUGCAGAUGCAUUUACAAUUAUUUUAGAUUUCAUAUAUUCAGGGCGAUUGCUCCUCACAAGCCAAAAUGUGAUUGAUGUGAUGUCAGCUGCCAGCUACUUGCAGAUGAUAGAUGUGAUCAGUGUCUGCAAGAACUUCAUCAAAUCAUCCCUAGACAUAAGUGAAAAAGAGAGAUACUUGAGACAUUCCAGUAAUGGUGAGAUGAAAUGUGAGGAAGCAGCACCCUUGUUCACCAGCAGCCGUGGUCUGGAGAGCAACUCCUGUUAUGCUCAGAACUCCGAUCUGGGAGGUACUGUCGGACAUUCCUGGAGGAAUUUCAACUUUCAUCAGGCAGUUUCAAACCUUCCCUGCUCCAGGGACCAGUUGCCAAUCUCUUUUGUCAAUAAUCAAGCUCGUCAGGAAGUAUCUGAACUUGCUGUUUACAAAGCCAAUAGCUUGUGUGGUUCGGGUGCAAAUGCAAGAACACCUGAACACACAAACACUGUUCCCCAGGGUGAUGAGAAGAGAAGAUCAGAUUGUGAGCCAAUUGGCCUGCCAGUGAGUUAUCAUUUCAGGCAUCAGGCAGAUGUGCUGUCUCUGCCACAAAGGAACAGUGACUCAGUACAGCAACCUUCUCGAGGUAGAGGUAGAAAGGCAGAAGACUGGUAUCCUCCAAUGCCUACCAUUGUGGAAGUUGUAGGUGACUGGAAUGGAGAAAGUGCAGGGGACUGCAAUAUAUUACCAAAGAUGAGAUUCAAGUGCCCUUUCUGUACACAUACAGUGAAGCGGAAAUCUGACUUGAAGCGACAUCUUCGAUCACAUACAGGGGAGAGACCAUAUCCUUGUGAUUCCUGUGGAAAGAGAUUCACACGACUUGAGCAUCUCCGCAGUCACCUCCUGACUAUCCACAAGUCUAGAAAGGUCAUUAUUUGCAAAGUUUGCAGGAAGCCAUUCACCGGCAUUGCAGCCAAAAUUGUACAACAUGAUGGCAGAUCCUUUGGGCUCUGCAAUAACUGUGUAAAUCUAAUGAAUUCUGGUCAUGAUGAUGAGCCUAUCGACUUGGAUGCACAUCCAGACAAUGACAGGGAAUUUCAGGAAAAUGACAAAGAAUCUGGCUGGAUUUCUACAGAGCCUGAUGGUGACACUGAGAUCCUGAGUUCAGGGGGAGAAGAUCCAGGGAGCAACGAAGUUCAUGCAGUAGAAGAAAUCCUGGACGAUGCAGAUGAGAAGAACAGAAACCAUUGUCAUUGACUGCAAAUUCUGGGCAUUGACUUCAACAGAAUCCAGCUUUGCAAGUGGUGCAUAACACACAGACCACCAAUGAUGAACUUUGACCUCACUGUGAUUUUCAUAUUUGAAAAGGAAGUUUGGAGUGGGCUCUAUACUUUUGAUGGUGAUUAUUUACAUUCUUGUUAAUGAGGUUACCAGAAAUUUGCAUGUAUUGUGCAAAGACAUUGGUUAAAUUGACAUGAGGAAAUAUAAUUUUGGAUGAUUUGGUUUGGUUUCCAGCAGUA